CGAGCCCCCCCUCCCCGCCGCCCUCCGGGAGCCGCCGGGCCCCCCCUCAGCCCCGCCCGCCGCGCCGCGGAGCCCCCCGGAGCCUCCGCCCCCCGGAGCGCGGGGGAGGCUGAGAGGGAGUGACCCCCGGCCCCUCGCCCCGGGCUGGGACAGCUGAGGGGGGGCGCAACAUGGCGGAGGCCAAGGAGGAGGGGCCCGGCCCCCGCGGCAGGUUUGAAGAUAAAUCUGAUGCAGUAUUUGAUAUUACAGAAAAAUGUGGUGAAAUCCUGGAUGCAGAGAUGUCUGAGGACGCUGACCACAGCUUAACACCGGCCCUCGAGAGCUUGUCGUACGGAGCACCGAACCGAGCAGGACCCGAGAAUUCACUGCAGGGUGAUGAUCAUGAUUAUUUUCUGAACUCUGGGGAGCUUGCAGGCAUACCUGUUAUUGGGAGUGACAAUGAAGAUGAUCAAAAUUUCACUCCAAAAGACGCUCUUUCUUCAGCAAUUCAUGAUGAAGAUCAUCUGGAAGAGGGCAAGAGUGUUCCAGAUCAUGAACUGGACAAUGAAAAAGAAAUUCAGGUUCAGAAUGCAAUCCAAAAGGAUCUCACUUCCCCCUUUGAGCAGGGCCCUGUAUUUAAAUCACUUCAAAAAGAUUUUAGCAUAACACAAGAUAAUGGCAAAGAGACUUUUUCAGCAAAGGACAAGAAUAGAGAAGGACAUUUUCAAGAAGGUGAAAAACAGUUGGAAAAAAUCCCUAAAGAUAUGGAUUCUAGAUUGAAAAGCAAUUUUCUUGACAAAACAGUUCAUAAUCAAGUAGAAGAAACAUUACGGACGCAGUUAGCGCCACAAACUCCAGAAACUAACUUCAGGGAGUCUAGCUACCUAUUUUCUAGUAAGGAAUCUAUUGGACAAGAGCUGGGGAAUUCCUUUGCACCAAAUAUUAGAAUUAAGAAGGAGCCUUUGGAUGACGAAUAUGCUAAAGCUAUGGCCCCACAGCAGGGACUAUUAGACAAAAUUAAAGAUGAACCUGGUAAUUCUGAGGAGUACGGCCAACAGCCAAAAUCUCAGGAAGGGGAGCUGAAAAUCAGUGCUGUAUUUUCAGUCAGUGGCACUCCUCUUGUUCCACAGCUGUCAUCAGGUUUCCAGCCUGCUGUGGCAUCCUCUGGCAUGAGUAAAAUGCUACCCUCAGUUCCAAGCACAGCUGUUCGGGUUUCCUGUUCUGGCUGUAAAAAAAUCCUGCAGAAAGGGCAAACUGCCUACCAGAGGAAAGGCUCAACCCAGCUCUUCUGCUCCACACUGUGCCUCACUGGAUACACCAUUCCAGCUUCUCGCCCACCAGCUUCUACCAAGAAAACCUGCUCAAGCUGCUCAAAAGAAAUUCUAAAUCCAAAGGAUGUAAUCACUGCCCAGUUUGACAACACAGACUUCAGUAAGGAUUUCUGCAGCCAGUCUUGUCUGUCCACAUACGAACUGAAAAGGAAACCCAUUGUCACCAUCCACACCAACAGCAUUUCCAGCAAGUGCAGCAUGUGCCAGAAGAACGCAGUGAUCAGGCACGAGGUGAAUUACCAGAACGUGGUGCACAAGCUCUGCAGUGACGCCUGCUUCUCCCAGUUCCGCUCAGCCAACAACCUGACCAUGAACUGCUGUGAAUAUUGUGGAGGGUACUGCUACAGUGCCUCUGGCCAGUGUCACGUCCUGCAGAUAGAGGGACAGUCCAAAAAGUUCUGCAGUUCCGUGUGUGUGACGGGCUACAAGCAGAAGUCAGCUAAAAUUACACCCUGCACACUGUGUAAAUCUCUGAGAUCUUCAGCCGAGAUGGUGGAGGCCGCAAAUAACUUGGGGAAGAUGGAACUGUUUUGUUCUGUUAACUGUUUGUCAGCAUACAGAGUAAAAAUGGUCACUUCUUCAGGUGUUCAAGUUCAGUGCAACAGCUGUAAAACCUCAGCAAACCCUCAGUAUCACUUGGCUAUGUCAGAUGGGAGCAUACGCAAUUUUUGCAGCUACAAUUGCGUAGUAGCUUUUCAGAAUCUGUUCAACAAACCUGCAGGACUGAACUCCUCGGUGGUGCCCCUGUCUCAGGGCCAGGUCAUUGUGAGCAUCUCCUCGGGGACAGCAGUCUCAGCCACUGGCACCACGUCCACUGUGUCCCCCAGCUCCACCAGCACCCCAGCUGCAGCAGGGCUCCAGAGGUUGGCUGCCCAGUGCCAGCAGGUCACCUUUACCCGCUCUGUUGUGAAAAUCAAGUGUCAGCACUGUAGCAGAUUGUUUGCCACCAAGCCAGAGUUGUUUGACUACAAGGGUAAAACGUUCCAGUUCUGUGGGAAGACCUGCUGUGAUGAGUAUAAGAAGAAGGGCAAUAUGACAGCUUUGUGUGAAUACUGCAGGUUUGAGAAAAUUAUCAAGGAGACAGUGAGAUUCUCAGGCAUAGAUAGAACAUUCUGUAGUGAAGUUUGUAAACUGCUCUAUAAACACGACAUGGCUAAGCGCUGGGGCACCCACUGUAAAAUGUGCAGUUACUGUUUACAGACUUCCCCCAAACUGGUCCAGAAUCACUUUGGGGGCAAAACAGAGGAAUUUUGCUCAGAGGAGUGCAUGUCUAAAUUCACAGUUUUGUUUUACCAGAUGGCAAAGUGUGAUGGUUGUAAGAGACAAGGUAAACUCAACGAGUCCAUCAAAUGGCAAGGGGAGAUGAAGCAUUUUUGCAAUCUGCUUUGUAUUCUGUUGUUCUGUAAACAGCAAGGUGCUUCAGACCCUCCACUCCCAAACAACACAGCAAACCUUUCCAUGGCACCAACCUCCUCCUCAGGCCCUUCUUCUUUAAGAAAGGACUCAACCCCUGUCAUAGCAAACGUGGUGUCCCUUGCAAGCACCCCAGCUGCCCAGCCUACUGUUAACUCCAACAAUGUUUUACAGGGUGCAGUCCCUACUGUGACAGCAAAAACAAUAGGAGAUGCAAGUACCCAGACAGAUGCCCUAAAGCUCCCAUCAUCAAAACCACCCAGACUUCUGAAAAACAAAGCUUUAUUGUGUAAGCCAAUCACCCAGACUAAGGCCACCUCGUGCAAACCUCACACACAAAACAAAGAAAGCCAGACAGAAGAAGCACCUGCUCCACCCCAGAUCAUUGUGGUACCUGUUCCUGUACCAGUGUUCGUGCCAGUGCCCCUCCACCUCUACACCCAGUACACACCAGUUCCCCUGGGGAUGCCAGUUCCUGUACCAGUUCCCAUGGUCAUCCCAGCUACCCCAGAUAACGCUGAUAAGAUCGUUGAAAAUAAUCAGGAAAACAAGGAAAAGAUUUCCAUUAAUCCAUUUGAAGCUGAUCUCCUUCAGAUGGCAGAAAUGAUUGCAGAAGAUGCAGAGAGAGAAAAAACACAUUCUCAUGGUGGAUCUCAAACAUCUGAGCACGAGCUAUUCCUGGACCCCAAGAUAUUUGAGAAAGACCAGGGCAGCACGUACAGCGGAGAUCUGGAGUCAGAAGCAGUGUCCACUCCACACAGCUGGGAGGAGGAGCUGAAUCACUACGCCUUACGAUCCAAUGUCCUGCCAGAACCUGAACCAGAAGUCAAGCCCUUCUCCAAAGGUGAUGUGGAACAGGACCUGGAGGCAGAUUUCCCAUCAGACUCAUUUGACCCUCUCAGUAAAGGACCUGGUUUGCAUUCACGUUCACGGGCGAGACGGAGACACAGGGAUGGCUUCCCACAGCCAAAAAGACGGGGCCGGAAGAAGUCUGUAGUUGCUGUGGAGCCUCGGAAUUUGAUGCAGGGCUCCUACCCUGGCUCUGUUUCUAGGAUGACCCUAAAGUACAUGUAUGGGGUGAAUGCCUGGAAAAACUGGGUCCAAUUGAAAAACGCACAGGAGGAACAAGGGGACCUGAAGUUUUCAGUUCAUCCUGUGAAGCUCAAGGAGGACAUUCUCUCAUGCACAUUUGCUGAGCUGAGUUUUGGCUUGUGCCAGUUUAUUCAAGAGGUGCGGAGACCAAACGGAGAAAAAUACGACCCUGACAGCAUCUUAUACUUGUGCCUUGGAAUUCAGCAGUACCUGUUUGAGAAUGGUAGAAUAGAUAACAUUUUCACCGAGCCCUAUUCCAGGUUUAUGAUUGAACUUACAAAACUUUUGAAAAUCUGGGAACCUACAAUUCUUCCAAAUGGUUAUAUGUUCUCAAGAAUUGAAGAGGAACACUUGUGGGAAUGUAAGCAGCUGGGUGCAUAUUCCCCCAUCGUUUUGUUGAACACCCUUCUGUUCUUCAACACCAAAUACUUCCAACUAAAGAAUGUCAGUGAGCACCUGAAACUGUCCUUUGCCCAUGUUAUGAGGCACACCCGAACUCUGAAGUAUAAUACUAAGAUGACAUAUUUACGUUUUUUCCCACCCUUUCAAAAACAAGAGGUAGAAUCAGAUAAAUUAUCAGUAGGCAAAAGGAAACGCAGUGAAGAUGAGGAGGUUCCAACAGCAGUGGAAAUGGCUGAAAACACAGAUAAUCCCCUCCGGUGUCCAGUCCGACUUUACGAGUUUUACUUAUCAAAAUGCUCUGAAAGCGUGAAGCAGAGGAGUGAUGUGUUCUACCUGCAGCCCGAGCGCUCCUGUGUCCCCAACAGCCCCAUGUGGUAUUCCACAUUGCCAAUAGACCCAGGAACCUUGGACAUCAUGUUAACACGGAUUCUAAUGGUGAGGGAGGUACACGAAGAACUUGCCAAAGUCAAAUCAGAGGACUCUGAUAUUGAGUUAUCAGACUAACUGCAGUGGGGUAUUUUCUUUUGAAUACACAUCAGAAGCACCAAAAUGUGAAUACGUCCAGCCUUUGGAAAAUGUGUAUCAAAUAAGCCAAGAUAAUGUCACCUACAGGCAGAUUUUGUACCACAGUGGAUGUACAAACUGGAACUGGAAGGAAGCAAGCUGUGUAAGCUGCAAAUCCCAACGUCCUGUGGCACCGAUCAAUCCUCAGAACAAAUCCAAGUGGAACUCACCUAUUGGAUUGGUGCAUAAAUCCUUUAUCUGUUUAGGAUUUUUAAAAGUUGUGAGAUAUUUUUAAGGAAAAUGGUUGUGUAAAAUCUACCCUCACACUGUUGGGCAUGGAGAGCUAGAUUGUGGCUCAGGUGACUUCCCAGCCUGCUGGCUGGCAGCCCUUGCUGCCAAGGAACACGUGGAGAUCCUCGAGCUCUUCCAGAGGAUACGAGAGAAAGGGGUGAGGUUUAGACAAACAGACACCUUCCGUUAUAAAUACACCUUCACCUACACUUUUAUAAUUUUUUUUCUUUUUUUUGGAAACUGGGAUCAAAUGUUAGGAAGGCAGGAGCCACUGGCCACCCCAGUGGCCAGCCCUGGCUGCUGGUAACUGGUCACACGAGGCCAUCUCCAGCUCACGCUCUGGUGGAAGAGGUGCUGUAGGUCAAACUUGUGAGUGACCUCUGUGGCAAUGUCCAGGAGGGGAUGUCCUGGGCUCUGUGCAGAAUUCCUUCCCCAGCCCAGUAGACUCUGCAGUCUGUCCAUAUAACCCAGCAAAUACUGUGGUGCGUGGAAAGUUUAUUUCCCUUAAGGCAGCUUUCCUUUCUCCUCUGUCCCUACUCCUAAAGUUUUGAUUAUUUUGUAAGGUGAAUCUAGAGAGGGUUUUGUCAUUUCAAACAGAAAUACACACACACACUCUUUCUCUUUCCACCUUUGCAACACAGGCAGUGUUGUAUAAAGGAUGCAGUAUUACUUCUGACAACAGAACUGUGGUAGAAAAUGACCAUGUGUGUUUUUAUCCCACCCCACCCAAAGAGAUUUAGUCAUAGUGUUGGAAAUUGAAAGAGGUUUUGGAUUUUUUUUUAAGGCUUGGCUGUUACUGAGUCUUUUGGAAGAGAAAAGCUCCCAUGUGGUGUUUAGAGGACAGGACAUUAUCAGAUACUGUCUGUAUCUCUGUUUUCUCAAGCUCUAGGUGUGUGUUACUGAUGACCAGUGGUCACAAAUCCAUUGGAAACCCAAACUAUUUUUAAAGAGGAGAAUUGUAUGGUUUUUAUCUAGCUCUGGUCAGUUAUCCAUCUUCUGUAACAGGGGUCUGAUAUUUGAGCUUGUCACUAAAAUUUCAAGAGAUGAAAAUCAACAGCCUUGAAUAAUAUUUCAGGUUUUUUGUUUUGUUCUGUUUGGUUGGUUUGUUUUGGUUUUUUUUUUUUAAUUAUUUUUUUAGCAGUUACAAAAGUAAUUUAACAAAAAUAAAAUCAGAAAGUAGUCUAUUGACGUUGUGUACUCGGUAGUCCUGUCCCUGCCUGUAACAGAUUUCACUGAUGUAUUUUUUAAUACAGAAAAUUAUGUGAAAAGUAAAACCUGCCCCUGAUUCUGUCUGACCAAAGCCCAUUUGUGUCUGUCAUUUCUGAGCAAAGUUUCUGCUUUCUCCAUGGCCUGGCAUUCCCAGGGGAGAUGCUUUGGCCACUCCUCAGCACAGGAAUGCUCCUGCAGGCUCAGCUCCUGCUCCCUGAACACCAACCUGCCCCUCCCCGUUGUUACAUUGAAUAGUGAAAUUACAGGCAGAGUGGUUUGGAUUGGGAAGGUUCAGGGAAUAAAAUCAUUGUGGAAACAUCAGUUUGUAGGGGAUUAAGAGUGCCUGAGGUGUGUCUGCUGCACACGGGUGUGCUCAGAGCUCGGUGGCCGCAGCACAGGGGAGGCUCCAGGAGUCCCUGUGUCCCCUGGGCAGCUGCUGGGGCUGUCCUUGCCUGCUCCCUCCUUCCCUGACCCCUGGGAAUGAGGGGAGGGCAGGCUUUCCUUGGGUGGGGAUGCUGUGACAAUCCCCAAAUCAAUACUCCCAUAGAAAAAUGUAGGCUAUUUGUACCUUAUGAGAAAUACUUUUCCUUCUGAAUAUCCUCAUUGUUUCUUGUCUGGGAACACUUUCAUUGAGGUCAAUUUUUUGCAGGCCUUAGAAUAAAAGACCUUUCAGAUUCUCUCAGCAAGGCAAGUGAAAUCACUUGAACUUUCCCUGGCUGAGAGCAGAGUUGUUAAACAUUGUGUAAACUUUAACCUGGUGACUGUGACAUGGGAAACAUUUCAUUGCAGUUCCAUGGUAAUAAUUAACACAUUAAUUAACUUUAGUUUCAAUUUCACUCCUGCUUGGAGGCCCUUUGGCAAUGGUCUGUUUUUUCCAGGGUCUGCCUGGGCUGUUUUUGCCUCGAGGGAUUUCUUGUCAGCCCAUCUCAAGUUCACACUGAUACACAAGAAGGAUUACCUUGAAGGAUUAAAGUAUAUUUGUAGAUUAUAUACACAUGCUCAAAGUUCUGAACACAAACUUGUUUGUCAUCAACAUUGCUGAACACACAAGAUUUAUUGAGAUACCCUUUUAAACAGAAAAAUCAUUUUGUGUCCUGCUGAAUCACAGAGUUAACUGGGCAGGAAAAGACUUUUGAGAUCAUCCAGUCCAGCCUGAGACCUAACACCAGCUUGUCAACCAGACACAUCCAGUCUUUUCUUAAACUGUAUUCUCAGUGUGGUCAGAGGAGCAAUAAAGGUGGAUGUGAGAAAGAAAAAUAAAAAACCUCCUUCUACCAGGGUGCCAGCAGCUCCCAGUGCAGGAGGUGCAAACCUUUGCUCCAUCCUGGCUUCAGUUCACUAAAGAAGGGAACUGGGGACACGUUGAAAGCCUCAGAAAUAGGUGCAAAAGGAAGUUAAAUUACCUUUUUUAUUUGCCAACUACUGCUAAAAACCACCCUAGGAUUUCUCUGGAACAGUUUGCAACUCCUCAGAGACUUAAAACAGCAGCCAAGUCCCUUGCCAGGUGUCCCCAGCUGUGCUGCUGGUUCAGUGCCAGGGCUCACAGAGGUGAAUCAGGAAUGUGCAAUAACUCACUGGGAUUUUUUGUAACAAUCUCAGUAACUCCCCAGUCCCUUGAGCAGCAGUUUCCCUGUUGCCUUAACAACCAAAGAAGCCAGAAUAAAUGCUGGUGCACCGAGUGUUUACUGUGCUUGGAACCGCCUGGCGUGGCUGGAGCUUUGCUCCCCUCAGCACAACAGGUUCUUCCCCAUUCUUCCUUGACCUCUCAUCAACUUCAAACAUUCCAGAGGCAAAACAAAGAUUUGCUGCCUUCAUUAAAGAGCUGCUCCCCUUUAGCAUCAUCAGCCUUGUAAGAUGAUAUGUGAGAAAUAAGUUUUGAGCUGUUGAGCUCCCAAGCAUUAACUGCUGGGUUUGGUUUUUUUCUUUCACUUGUGUAUGAGCACCAAAAGCAUGUAAAAAUCACAGCUCAUUGCUGAUGAGAAGGACUAGAAAGAGUUUUUGGAGCACUGAAAUGAGUGUGUUGUGCCUCUGAGAGCUGCAGGCCUUGUCUCACGUUGCCAUGGCCCCACAUCUCCAACAGGUGAGGUGACAGAGGAGUCCCCACAGGAUCCCCUCCUGUGCAUUACAGGAAAAUCCCUCUGCUCCAGCACCACAGAGCUGGGCAGGUAGGACUGACCCUGCUUAUGGUUUUGCACAAUAUUUCUGUAUUUGUUAUGAAGGUGACCCCAGCCCCUAUUUACGUGGCUUUUUUUAAACUAAGGAAGAAAUCACUCAUUUAGUCUGACCACUGGCACCAACUUCUUCCAGCAGCAGAGCUAUAAGAAUUUGCCUUUUUCUCUCCAGUUUCCCCACUACAAUCCCAUGGAGCAUUCCAGAAGUUUUCUGUUGUGUUGUCCUUUCAGAGGGAACAAUUUUGGACAUGCCAGGAAGAGCAAGUAGCAGAAGAGCUGUUGCAAGGUGCUGGGAAGGUGCUUUGGGGAGGCAGGUAAUUGAUGGUACAUGGCAAAAUAGUAAUAUAAAUAUUAAGUCCCUAAGAUCUAUGGUUUUAUAUUCAAAACAUCUCACUGAGGAGGUCCUUGAUGCUCAGCCACUGGCAUCAGUGCUGGCUCUGCUCCAGGGAGGGUUGCACAGAAGCAGAAUGGUUUUUAAAGUCAUAAAGGCUCAGAGGAACUUGGGCAGCUUGAAUUCCUCUAGCCACAGAACUGAGAUGUCCAUUGGACAUCACAUUCCCUAAGCUGAUGGAUUUUCAGCAGAGAUUCAGCUUUUGUUAAAGAAACAAGACCUGGGAUACCUGACUUUCACCUGCAAGGUGGGAAAAGGGAAUUUAUGACAACAAAACAGUGAAGUUAGCCAGAGCUUUACACCCCAAAUCUCAAAAUGAAUCCCAAGAAUGAGAUUUUAAUAUUGUCAGAUCCAAGUGGAUGUGGGCAGCACGAGCCACACACCCCAGCUUGGUUGCCUUGAUUCUUUGCCUUUGGAUAUGUCAACAGAGGGGCUUGGGCCUGCGAGUCCUGGGCUUUUUAUCCUCUCUUCUGCACAUUUAUACCACAAACAGCCAGAGCCAUUUGAAAAGGUCUUUUUGACCUGCUGGGAGCCAGGCUGCAGCUUUGGACAGAAGGGUGAGGGUGGUGGCACCUGAACUUUCUCCCCAGCUAAGCCACCAAUUCCUCCCCCAGCCCCAGCACACACGUCCUGUCACUCCUGAGGAUGGAUGAGCCUCACCUCUUGUCCCUUCCAAUCUGUACCUCGGUUGUAUCCUCUGUAAAUUGGCCAGACUUUCCUACCUCGUUUGGGCAUUAUGAGGCAGAAUUCCAUAGGAUGCUUUGCAGCCCCGUGAUGAAAGGUGCUAUAAAUCUGCAAAGUGUUACUUCAGAAGAUGUAACUAGGUCCCCAGUGCAUCAUAUCCUAUAUUAAACAGACAUUUUCUUAUAUGAGAAUUUAUAGAGUUCAAUGUAUGGUAUUAAUCAGUGAAUUAUUGAGACCCUCAAAAUAGUUUUUGUUUCAAUCGUAUCUGUAUUCUGGAAAAGUGAUUAAAAAACCUUUUACCUUAAUAAAAGACUGCAUCCAUCCUCC